AUGGAAAACAGAACAGAUACAAACCAAAUUCUUAGGAUUGAAGGACUGAGGGUCACAUAUCAGUCUGCUUAUCCAGUGUUUGUUCUUCUUUUGUUAGUGUACCUUUUCAUAAUGGUAUCCAAUAUUGGGCUUAUUGCCUUGAUAUCGGUAGAGAAAGCUAUACACAAACCUAUGUACCUCCUCUUCUUUAACCUUCCUCUGAAUGAUGUACUUAGUACUACUGUGGUGGUUCCUGCUUUGCUCAAAGACAUUUUUAGAGAAGAAUCUGACAGGUAUAUCAGCUAUGUUGCUUGUGUAAUUCAAGCUUAUGGUAUUCACAUGUUUAGUACAAGUGCGCACACCAUAUUAAUGAUAGGCCUCAGUAUCAGACUAUCACACUGUAGUUCAACUAUUUCAAAUCCGUUCUGUGACAACCCUUCUCUUUUUAAACUGUCUUGCGAGAACCUAUUAGUUAAUAAUGUCAUCGGCUUGUUUACUUCUGUUGUGUUCUGGGGUAUAUCAAUGUCAUGCAUUGCUUUCACUUAUAUAAAAAUUGCUAUUGUGUGUGUAAAGAGUAGAAACAGUGCUCUGCAGAGUAAGGCUAUGAAAACAUGCAGCACACAUCUAAUCGUGUACCUCAUUAUCCUUGGGUGUGGAAUGACUGCAAUUGUUCUGCAUCGCUUCCCUGCUUAUGCAGAACUGGGAAAAGUGACCAGUGUUUUGUUUUAUGUUAUUCCUAGUGCUCUUAACCCCGUGAUAUACGGACUUCAAACCAAAGAAAUAAGGCAGUGGCUUCAGCAGAUUCCUUGGAAAAGAAAAGUGAUUCCAGAAUCAUGA